CACUGACUAGAGCAACUUCAGAGAGCAGCCAAUCUGCCAGAGAAACAGCCCCAUAUCCCAAACAGGAGCUGCACAGACUGUGUCACAGGCACAGCUGGAACUAGCAGGGCUACAUACAGAUCCACAGGGAGAGCCAGUGGCACAGAAACAGAGUGAGACGCUUGGUGGGACCACAGAUCAGCUGCAUUCCAGGAGACAUGAAGCACCCACAGAGGUCACAGGGGAGCAUCUCUAGCACAUAGCCAGGCACUGGAGAGCAAGGGCAGGUUGGACUGACGUAGGUAGAAGCCCCCCGGGCCAGGAGAUGAAGAAAGAGCCUCACCAUCUGACACAGCUGUCCAAUGAAAUGUCAGAGGAUGGCCUGGGACAACCGUACAGAAACAUGGCCCUGGAUUCUUGCCAUUGCCAUCUGGCUGUGCAGCCGGUAAAUAGUUCUGUGCAACGAUAUAUUGGGUCUAAAAUUACCAAAUGACCCUAUCCUGACUCCCAACACUGUAUGUCUGACAUUACCUGGCUUGAGCAAACGUCAGAUGGGUCUGUGUGUGCGUAACCCGGAUGUCACAGCCUCAGCUCUGCAGGGAAUCCAGAUCGCUAUCCACGAAUGCCAGCACCAGCUGAAAGGGCAACGGUGGAAUUGCUCCACAUUGGAGACCAUGGGUAAAAUGCCCCAUGACAGCGCUAUUUUGAAGAGAGGAUUUCGGGAGAGUGCCUUUGCCUUCUCUCUACUGGCAGCUGGCGUAAUGCAUUCAGUUGCUACAGCUUGUAGUCUAGGCAAGCUUCAGGGCUGUGGGUGUGAGUGGAAAAGGCGAGGUACAGAAGAGAAGAUACGUCUGAAGCUGAAUCAGCUGCAACUCCAAGCUCUGUCUAAAGUCAAGGGGCUCCCUAGGGACUUGACCCCACUUCUUCGAGAGACACCAGAGCCCAGCCCACAGGAUACCUGGGAGUGGGGAGGCUGCAAGCAUGAGCUGGAGUUUGGGGAGAAAUUCUCCAGAGACUUUCUAGACUCCAGGGAGUCUCCAAGGGAUAUUCAUGCAAGAAUGAGAAUUCAUAACAACCGUGUGGGACGUCAGGCUGUCACAGAGAACAUGAAACGUAGAUGCAAGUGCCAUGGGACAUCUGGUAGCUGCCAGUUCAAGACUUGCUGGCAUGUGACCCCUGAUUUCCGAGCCGUUGGUACCCUAAUGCGGGACAAGCUCCAGCGGGCUGUAUUUGUUAACUCGAGGAACAAGAACAGUGGGGCCUUUCACCCACGGUUAAACAAGAAACGCUUGGCAAAGGAGCUGGUGUAUUUUGAGAAGUCUCCGGAUUUCUGUGAAAAGGAUCCCAGAGUGGAUUCCCCGGGCACUCAAGGGCGAGUGUGCAACAAAACAAGCCAGCAGAUGGACAACUGUGCCAGCCUUUGCUGCGGCCGAGGACACAAUAUACUGAUGCAGACCCGGCGAGAACGUUGCAACUGCCGUUUCCACUGGUGCUGUUAUGUGAUGUGUGAAGAAUGCCGUGUCACCCAGCUGGUCAAUGUUUGCAAGUGAAUCAGUCACACUCAGCAGCUCUGGGACAUUUAACGUCUCAGUAUAGGAAUUAAUUUAUUUUCUUAUAUUGCUUAAGGAUUAUACAGCUUAUGAAGUGAGACUCACCAAAAGAGCUUGAGGCACUGGAGGUUGUGAUCACAGUCAUAGGCAACAGGCGCUGGGAUCCAGACAUUUUCCAUCUGACAGAACCUUCCUCCUUUCCACCAAAAGAAUUUGUCAGCCCUUCUCCAAAAAGUGGGCACAUUCCAGAAGUCUGCAAAUCAGAAGCACACAGAGGAACAAAGAACAUAUUUAUUGCCUUAUGGGUCCAAUAUUUACUGGAACAAUUGCUUGGAUAUCGGGAUAGUGACAAAAUCCAGUCACUUUUUUUGAAUCUUGGUUUAAUCAUAGCAUCAUGCUGUCUACUUGCAUAGUCUUCUCUAUAUCAAGACAGUGCCCCUUGUAUGGCAGUGUAUGGCAGAAAGGAUGCUAGUGAUGCAGUAUUUCUGAUCAGUAUUUGCAAACUACUAUAAAAGACAAUAUUCAAGAAUAUAAUAUAGAUCCAUGUCAUAUUGUGUAUUCUCUCACUCAGUGCAUAUAGCUGAGCUUAUAGAAGAUGCCGGAUUACUACCUUUUUCUGACUAUUUUAAAUUCUAUCCUGACAACAUAUUUGCAGACACAAGUACAACAAAGUUUGCAGGGCUGUAAGGGCUUUCAUUUAUUGGGGCAUGGCUAUUGCUUCUAAAUUAAAGAACAUUUUACGUUCCAUGUUUCUGCCUAUAAUAAUACCUGAAAGAUGGUGGGAAUGUUCAUAUUAUGAUAUUAUUUCCACUAGCAACAAGAGGGGUACUAUAGAAAAUUAUACGUUUAAAUACUAAACAUAAAAUUUAAGAAAAUAUAGAUUAGGUAAUUUUAUUGGCUGAGUAUAUUAUAACAAAAAUGUUGACCAACUUGAAAUCCCCUCCAGAAACAGCAAAUACACAAAACGACACAUUUGUGAAAGUCAGCAGUAUGAUCCAGCAUUUCGGUUCCCACAGGAAAAGUUUCCUAAAAAGAGCUAAAAAGUUGCUUCAUGCUGUAUGUAAGAGACACAUAGCAUGACAUGUAUUGUCUGUAUAUAUGUAUAUAUUGUCUAUAUAUACUGUAUAUAUUAAAGUGUGGCGGGGACGUUUGUUACUGCACAACUUUUUUUGCAUAUCAAGCUGUGUGAUAUAUUCUUUAAUGUCAAAUAUUUAACAUUAAGUAUACCAAAUUAAUAUUAUUACAAUGGUAAUGUAGCUAACCUGACAGAUACCCCACUAUAUAAAUAGUUGAUGCUGAAGUUGAUUACCAUGAUAUGAAGCCAAAGAUCAGGGCCACCAUUAGGGGUAUACAGGGGUUACUGCAGUCAGAAGCCCCAAGGCCCCAAGUGACAUGAGAGUGUGAUUCUCAGGUCCCUCACAGAGUGGGGCGAGAGUGGAGUUGGCAGGGGUUUAUGUGGCCCACAGUCACCUGUUUGGCAUAAUGUCACAUCACCAGGGCAGAUUAAAAUUAUAGCCAUAUAUGAAUGAGUGUUUUAUUUCACUUCUCAACUUACUGGCAAGGCCCUGGCAGAAAUUAGGCCACAUUACACAGGAAGAAUAUUUUUGGGUGAUUUAUGAGUCAAAAAUGGAAUAACAGAUUUCAUGCCCUGUAGGGCAAAUGCAUAAUGUAACUGACAUUUUGGGCUGUGGUUUAACUAAAGGCAUAAGAGCCCCAAUCUAUAAUUUGGUUCAUAGUACCCUACUUGUCGCCCAAAUAGCCCUGGAUCCAUCCCCAUCCCAUACAUUUGAACAUUUGAAACUGCACAUUGGACAUGUUGUAGUUUAUUUGGCUUAUGCAAAAAAUGGCCAGUAAAAUUAAAAUAUGGAAAUGAUUCAAGUUGGCACAACAGUCAUUUGAAGCAGAGAUCCUUUAAAUGUGUUCAGCCAUAUUUUAUAUUACUGUCAGAAAUAACAGUUCUGGACUAUUGUGUUCAUUGCACCCCUAAAUAAAACAUUUUCAUGAA